UGAAUGAGCAGAAUUGCUAGGUCGAUCCGGUCUUCGUCAACCAACCAGGAAAGAGGGUUUGCCAUGAUCUGGACUGAGGCGGAUGAGACCAGGAACCAUUGUUCUGCUCAUAAUCCGAGUCCAAGACAAAAUUCAGGAGGUUUUUCAUGCGUCCAGAAAAACCGCACCUCCUUUUCAUGGGUUGUCGAUCGCAGAUGGUUGACACACUUAUCAAAAAAUUUGGAUUUAUUUAUAAAGCUAUCUCAUAAGGCUUGCUCUCUGUGUCUUUCUCUCCUUCCCCGUUCAUUUUCUGUAGCAACCACAACCCGAGGGCGAGAUCCAGGGCCGUGCAUUUUUCCCUUUCGGUCAGCUGCUAAAUGGAAAUAAAACGCGGAGCGGAAAGUGGAAACAGCCGAGGUAAUGAUCUCCCUGUCCGUUAUCUGCGGCUCCUGGCCCCACCCUUGCAGCUCCUGUCGGCUGCAGUGUGGCAAGUCGUGCAACGGGGACUCGUGGACCACUAUGGGAUGCUAGAGGAGUUUGUUACCAUGGUGACGGAGCUGGUCCCAGAGCUGAUGAGCUAUAGUCAGAGGGCUCAGCUCAUCCUGGGCCUUAGGGCCAGGUUGGUCCUGGAGCUCUGUCGAGGAGAUCACCCAGUGGACAUGCAGACCAUUCAGCCACAUCUGGACAGGAUAAAAGCUCCGGUCAGCACAGCCAAGGAUCACCAUGUAACCAUAAACCAGGUGGAGGAGUCUGAGGUGAACUUUGUUGAGCUGGUGCACUCAUUACUUGAAGAUCCAUCUGAGAGGAAAUAUUUUUUCCAAGAAAUCUUCCCGGUGUAUUUCGGCCCAAAGUAUGACGCUGCCCUCGAGAUGCUGGUGUGGGAGUUCAUAUCAAGACUGGAUGAGCUAAUGCCUAUUCCAGACUUCAACCAGUUGGCAGCUUUGCUGACAGACGUCCCUACAUUUCUUGAAGACUGUUUACGAACAUUUUUCCCACCAGAUGACAUGAAGGCUUUACUUGAUCACCACAAGAACCUCGGCCAUUUUGAAGAAAAAGAUCCAGAACUUUUACCAAUGGAUGACUGCAUCCUCUCCUCCCUCUCGCUGCCUCCUGGAACCAGACCCGUCAUUAAAGCCACCUCCGAGUCUCCUGCCCAAGCGAAUGACUCGACCCCUCCAGCACAUCUUGGAGCCGCGAGCAACACCAGCGGCCACGAGAAGCCGAGCACGAGGGCUUCUGACGCGCUGAGACAGAAGCUGAGGGAGGAGCGGGAGUCCGGCGCUUGGCAGCUGCAGGUCAGGAACAUGAACACUUCUCAGGAACGGAAAAUGUCGAGCGCGACGCGGCCGUGCAGCGAAACCAUUGACCUCACCGUUUCCAACGAGGGGGCGGACUCGGACUCGGAGGCCAGCGAGAGCGCCCACAGCUUGCUGGGCUCUCAGAGCUCGAGAAAGAGGAAGCUGAGCGGAGGCGUGGACGUUCCCAGGAAGCACAACGCCGAGGCUUCGGCCGUCCUAAACUCCUCAGUGGAUGAUGAGAAUUCAGGUGAAUCUCCCCUGAUCUCCAUAUGGGGAGAAUAUACAGACUCUCAGGAACGUUCCUUCCCCGUUCUGAUGGACUCAAAGGUCCCCUGGUCAGAUGAAGAGACGCUCCAUCUGCUUGACAUCUGGGGGAAGGAUUCGGUGCAGCAGGCCUUGAAGGGCUGCUUGAAGAACCGCCACAUAUUUACUCAAAUCGCGCAGAAGAUGGCCGAGAGGGGCUACAUGAGGACUGUGGAGCAGUGCCAGACGAGGAUCAAACGACUGAAGAAAUGCUUCCGCCAGAGCCUCAAAGGGAACUCGAGGCCGGACCAUAAAUUUUACUCAAAGCUUGAGCAGAUCAUCGGCUCGUCGUCCGCCUCGUCUCUCCCCGAGAUAACCUACGACGUGGAGGAAGUCGUCGACGACGACGACGACACCCAAGACGGCGAAGAAGACUUGCAGUUUAUCGGACACUCCGGCCAGCUGGAAAUCGGAACUCGAAGUGUGCCGUGGACAGACAUGGAGACCCUGGCCCUCAUCAACAUUUGGAGCACCGACAAAAUGCAGCAGGACCUGAGGGGGAACCGAACGGGACACCUUUUCUCCAUCAUAUCCAGCAAGAUGGCCGCCCUGGGCUUUUCCCGCACGCCGGAGCAGUGCCAGACGAGACUGAAACGGCUCAAAUCCAGCUUUAGGCAGUGCUACCAAAACAAUUUGAAAGGACAGGAACAAGUUCAGUGCAAGUUUUACAAUGAGCUGGGAAGGAUUUUAGUCAAGGACUUCCAGUCGGUGAUGCAGCUGGACGACAUGUCGAUGAAGGACGACGACGGCGACUUUCCUUCCUUCAGUCACCAUAACAUCGAGUCUGCUGUGGGAGUUCAGGAGGACCGAAAGAAAGUGCCGUGGUCCGACAAAGAGACCAUCAUCCUCCUGGAGGUUUGGGGUGACCCUCAGAUGCAGCAGUGCUUGAGGCGGUACCCGCACAACGGACACAUCUUUACCGAGGUGUCGGAGAAGCUGAAUGCCAACGGUUACUCCCGCACCCCGGAGCAGUGCCACACCAGGAUCAAGCGUCUGAAAGCCGCCUACCGCCAGUGUAAAGAAAACAUGAGCUCAUCUGGGACGGACCGAGUCGACUUUAAAUUCUACGAUCUGCUGGAGCAGAUUCUGGACAAGCAGCCGUCGACGUCGUCCGCCAUCAUAACCGACUCUAUUGAAAUAUCAGAAGACUCCAAUGGAGAGUCUGGAACAGAGAGAGAUGGAGAGAGCCCGGAGCUGUCGGCAGAAAAACCAGCAACCAACACCUGGUCGGACGAGGAAACCCUGGCUCUUAUCGAGAUCUGGGGCGACGUGGACAUCCAGCGGGCCCUGAGGGGCUUCAUCCACAACGGGCACGUUUACGCCGAGAUCUCGGAGCGGCUGCACGACCUCGGCUUCUCCAAAACCCCGGAGCAGUGCCGCUCCAAAGUCAAGUCGCUGAGGAUCAACUUCCGGCAGUGCUAUGACAGGAAGAAGAGUGGGAGAAAAAUGGAUUACAAGUUCUACCACCAGCUGGAGCAGAUCCUGGGCCAGGAGGCCAUGAGCAUCGACGAGUUUGACGAGCGGGACGAUCAAGUCGCCGUGGAUCCAGGCUCUUCAGAUGAACAGACGAACGCGCCGUGGUCGGAGGAGGAGACGGUGGCCCUCGUCGAGGUGUGGGCCGCCGACGACGUGCAGCACAGCCUGAAGAACUCCAUGCGCAACGGCCACGUGUACGAGGACAUAUCCGAGAAGCUGGCCUCCUACGGCUACCUGAGGACGGCGGAGCAGUGCCAGCUGAGGAUCAAGCGGCUGAAGAAGACGUACAGGCGCUACUGCAACAGCCGCAGAAAUCCAAUGAUUUCCAGAAACGGAGGGCGGCCGGCGGUGUUUCGAUACUUCGACCUCCUUGCCCCGGUGCUCGGCAACGAACUGGCGUUCGCAGACGUAGACGGUGCGACCACUGAUGCCGCCGUAGAGCCUCUUAUGGACCGCGAUCCUGUGAUGUACGAGCAGCCCUCGACCAGCCACAUCCUGACGGACAUGAGCAGAAAGACGCCCUGGUCCGACCUUGAGACUCGCACCCUCCUGGAGAUCUGGGGUGAGGACAGCGUCCAGCUCACCCUGAGGGGCUGCCUGAAGAACCGACACGUGUUUGAGUACAUCUCAGAGAAGCUGAGCAACCACGGCUUCAUCAGGACCACCGAGCAGUGCUACACCCGCAUGAAGCGCCUUAAAUACAGCUUUGUCCACGAAAAGGAAGAAUUCAAAUUCUUCAAUGAAAUGGACAAAAUCUUUAGGAAGGACCUGAACAUGGACGACUCUGCUGUCAACCCGUUCACCGUGGACGAAGCGGAUGAGUUUGCUUCUGAAGCGCACCAAGCGAAAGCUUCAGGUAACCACUGGCUGGCCGACAGCUCCAAGAUGGCCUGGGGGGACGGAGAGACUGAGGCCCUGCUGGACAUCUGGGGCAGCGCUGAGAUCCAGGAGAAUCUGAAGGGUGGCAACAAGAACAAAAGCAUCUACAAGCAGAUAUCUCAGGUCAUGGCCAGCCAGGGCUACCUCCGCUCCCCUGAACAGUGUCAGUCCAGGGUGAAGAGGCUGAGGGCCAACUUCAGACAGUUCCUGGAGGGACGACAAGGGGAUAAACAAGAGUGCAAAUAUUUUGAGCAGUUGGUGCAGAUCUUUGGCACCAAGUAUGUGAUGAACUCUGAUUCGCUGACUGACGAUGCGCCUGAAGUCAUAGAGUCGUGAAAUCCUUCCUCUUCACGGCGAUGAUGAAACAGCUGCAGAUGACCGUGCGUCGUCCAGACGAACUGAGACGUUAGUGCUGAAAUAUUUACAGAAAAUCUGUCUGUACACACUUUAAAUACUUUGACAUUCUUUAGAAAUACAGACCUAGAUCAGACUGAAGUUGUGUGAGUGAGUGAGUGAGUGAGUGAGUGUGUGUGCGCGCGUGUGUGUGUGUGUGAGUGUGUGUUCCUCCUCUUGAGUGUCUUGUGAUAAACUAAAACCAGAGCCAUGACACGAGGCGCUCAGGACUCGAGGGAAGCCGAACGCAGCGCUCCUCAGCGAGAACACGUUUUUGUAGUGAUUCAUUUUUACUUGAACCUAAAGAGACUGAAUCGAAGCACACGCGAGUUAAACCCCCCACCCCCACAAAUUUCCAAAAUCAGCUGUCGCCACAAACGUUUCAUCGCAACUCCUGCCCCGCUCUGUCACGUCGACUGCACAUGUUUAUACCGUUUGAAAUCCACGUGCAUUAGAUGGAAAAACAUUCGAGUCUCUUUGUUCUGUACUCAGUGUGAGUUAACGUUGUCCAGAAUUUUAUUUAUUUAAUUUAUAUAUGUAUUUUAUAGGUUUAAUUGUGUCGCCAAACCUUAUUGCAGUACAUUUGUGCCACAAAAUGUGUCAAAGUUUUUCAUAUUCAUUAAAAACAAACAUGAAUUGCC